AUGGCAGACACCACAUUUGAUCCUGCAUGCCAGGGCGAGAAGACCUCCAUUUUGGACAACUUAGAUGCUCUUUUCAAAGCUUUCUGGCAGAAACUGAGGGCUAAGCAACACACACCUGCUCCACAAACAGCCCACAUGCCACUCAGUCCAUCCAGACGAUGUGAUGGUCGAUCAGCAGCUCCUGAAGCUCGAGCAGUGCUCCAGUGGCAGCGAAGGCCACUUUGUUGGGUCAGGAAGAGAGAGGUUCGCAAGGCAUCAAGGCAGAGUGCUCCUGCUGCGUAUGCAGUGCUAUCACAACAUGAUGAAUGGCGAUGGGGAGACCGACUGCUGAGGCUGGACCGACUGGUUGAUUUUCUGAUUCUGGGCCUGACAACUGAAACAAGCUUUGGGAACUGUGUUCUUCCUAUGACGGGCAUCACCUGA